CGGCACCGCCUGCGCGCGCACAGUCGGCGGCCGCGCGCAGCACGCCCGGGGCCCGGAUGGCGGCCGCGGUGGCGGCGGCAGCUGGAAGUGGGCCUGCCCGGGAAGAGGACAGCUCAGCUGGGGAGGCGGCGGCCCCGCAGCCCCAAGCCCCGACAAGUACGCCUGGGGCUCGUCUCUCGAGGCUACCUCUGGCGCGAGUGAAGGCCUUGGUGAAGGCGGACCCCGACGUGACGCUCGCGGGACAGGAAGCCAUCUUCAUCCUGGCACGAGCCGCGGAACUGUUUGUGGAGACCAUUGCAAAGGAUGCCUACUGCUGUGCUCAACAGGGAAAGAGGAAAACCCUUCAGAGGAGAGAUUUGGAUAAUGCAAUAGAAGCUGUGGACGAAUUUGCUUUCCUGGAAGGGCUCCUAGGGGCAUGUAUCAGUGCAGGACUUCCUUUGCAAAUCCAAGACUUGAGGAUUCCUUGAACAGCGUGGUGAUAGGAACUGUGAUGGUACUUUGGAUUGAUUGCUGAACUGAUUGAUUGCUGAACUUUUGUGAGCCUGUACCUGCAUCCUUCAGCUAGGCCCUCUGCAGGCCUCGGCUUUGAAGAACAGAGUCUUUGGAAUAUUGUACUUACAUGCUUUUCCUGUUCUACCCUCACCUAAGCCUGGUUAAGCAGAGAUCUCACUUGUUAGUUUUUCUCUACAAGGUCUUCCACUAUUUGUGUCUUCCAUUUCUGGCCUGGCUGUGGCAGCUGCAGCUUAGGGUAAAGAUGUAGAAAAUGAUUUGUGCAGGUUGCUUAAUGUUAUGAUGCUAUGAAUGAUAAGGACCAAAUAAAGGUCUCUGAUCAACUUCAACCUUG